AUGAAUCUCCAACUUCGCCGAGCCACCGUAGAUGACAUCCCGCAACUUCAUCCGCUCAUCGAUGCAUCGGUCCGAGGUCUUCAAGUCGAACAUUACACGCCAGCCCAAAUAGCCGGUGCCCUUAAAUCAGUAUACGGAGUUGAUACCCAACUCAUCAAGGAUGGCAACUACUUUGUAGUGACUUCUGGAGAAUUAAUCGUUGGGAGUGGAGGAAUAUCUUAUAGGUCCACGUUAUAUGGAGGAGACCAGUUCGCCACUCGAAAUUCGCAGCUCUUGGAUCCUGAAGUAGAUGGCGCCAGAAUUCGCGCUUUUUUUGUUCAUCCUAGUUGGACCCGGAGAGGGAUCGCUGGUAUGAUUAUCCGCGCUUGUGAGAAUGCUGCGAUCGAAGCGGGGUUUAAGAGGGCUGAAAUUGGUUCAACUUUGAGUGGUGUUGCUUUCUAUGAGAAAAUGGGGUACGAGCCGCUGGGAAGAUCCGAUGCGCCGUUAGAUGAUGGAUUGGUAUUGGACAUCGUGAAGAUGGGAAAGAGCUUGGAGCCCGAGAGCCGAUACAUCAAGUCGGAGACAAAUCGCAAUGUUGCAAAGAGGAAUCUCGAUCCUUUGGUUGAUUUAGGCGAAGAUUAG